UUGCAAGGUUAUCUGUGACUUGCUCUGUGACAUAUGACGUGCUCUGAGCAUACAACUUAGAAUGCGAUAUAUGAACUAGAUUUCAAUUAACCCACAGUUUCAAGUCCAAACUGAUGUGUUUGCACUUUUUAAUAUACAAAAUUCUAUACCUGUUAAUGACGACUCUUUAAAAGAUUUAAAAUGGAUCCUUUGACUGCACCACCUUGCAAGAAGUAUAAAAGGUUAAGUAAUAUUGACUUACCUAUCAUAGAAUGCAAGAGAGAAUUCAAUUUGCCUCAUAAAUUUCCCAGUAUGAUAAAGCCAGCAACUUGCAAUUAUGUAUUUAAGAUCAAUCAAAUGGUUACUAACAAUAAGGCAGGUGUGCCUGGUAGUUCAAUGGAUUUAAAGAAUAGAAAGACACUAGCUAUAAAUGAUAUAAAGAAAUUGAGGCUAAAAGCAAGAGAUGGUAAAGAUUUGGGUGAAGUUAAAGUACAAUUUUUAGCUCCAAAUGAUGGCUUAAAUGGUCAGAAAAUUAUCUAUAAUAAGCAAACUGUAAAUCAUAAGAUAGAUCAGCCUAUGAAAUUUUCUAUAGUUCAGCCAAAUGAAUUGUUGAGUUCUUCAGGAUCUAAAAAUGAUGUUACAGGACAGUUAGUUCUGAAAUCAGUUUCUUCUAAUGAUUUGUCUGCAGUUAUUAACAGCAGGCCAAUUGAAACACAUGUUAAAGGUAAGAAAUUAUUCCAAAAGCAUUGUUUUUUAGCCCAAGUGAAUAAGGCAAUUCAAAAGAAGAAAGUAUUAAUGAUGGGUGAAAAUGAAUAUAAGGAGGUACAUAAUACUGAAGCCAUUCCACAGGAUGGCAAGUUAGAAAAGAAUAAUUUAUCAUCUGCAAAUGAUAAGAAGAAUAAAACUUUAAUAAUGAAAAAAAAACCUGUAUCAAGCAAUGAGAAGAAGAUCCAAACUGAAGCAAAAUCAUCAAACAGUAAAAAUUCAAAUUCUACCAAACAUUGGCAUUUGGCCAAAUCGAAGUUUCCUGUGGUGAGAUGUGAAAAGUUAAUGAUUUCCAAAAAUAAAGUUGAUGUUAAUAAAAUCAGUGUACCUUCUGCAAAGGUAAAUAACAAAAACCAAAAUUCUAAUUCAGAUGUACAAAUUACUGUAACAAAAGAGAAUGCUAAAUCAAGUAUCAAUCUGUGUUGUACAAAACCUAGUGAUAGUAAAAAGCAUAAUGUAACUACUUCAGCAAAUAUGGUGAACUCUAUACAAAAAAAACUUAAUAAUACAAUUGAUGAUACAGAUGAUGACAGUGUUAUAAUUAUAUGUGAUAACAGUGUAAAUACAAAAAAAGAUUCUAACAGUGAACAAGGCAAAACCUCUACUUCUUUACCAUCAAGCAUUAAAACUGCAGAUAAUAAAAAUCAAAGUAUAUCUAAUGAGGUAGAUAACAAGCAAAUUCCUUGUCAAAACAAGGUAAUACAUAACAAGCAAGUUCCUUGUCAAAACAAUGUAAUGCAUGAUAAUGAAGAUAUACAAAAUAAAGAUCUAAAUUAUGAAAAUGAUAGUGACAAAAAUAAAGCUCAAAAGACUGCUAAUAAUAUACUCAGGGAGGACAAAUUAAUGGAGCAUUGGAAUGUAAUUAAAGAGGCAUUGACUAGUGUGACAGAUGAAGAGCUUAGAGCCAAAGCUUUGCAAGCCCUUACAGAGUGUGGAAUAGGCAUUGCGAAAAAGGUUCCAGUUAUCCCACCUGAGCAAUUAAAAACAGUUCAUGACUCUCAGAUUCAAACUGAUGUAUUUGGACUUCUUGAUACAGAAAAUUUUGUAUUAGUGAACAAAGACACUCCUAUCUUAGAAAGAAUACAGCAAACAGAGCGUUCAACAAUUACUCCUCCUGUUGUUCAUUUUGAAACUGAAACACAAACAGAACCACAAAUAGAAAUACAAAUGAAACCAAAUAUACAGCUCACAAGUAGAUUAAAUGAUCCCAUUAACAAUAUAGAUUUAUACCCAAUGUGGGCUUCAGUACCCAUGGAGGAUACAAUUGACAUAGAUAAUUUUUUCAAUGAACAAUUUGUCAACAAUACAGCUGUGGAUAAAGUAAAAAAGGUAUUGUCAACACCAUGUUCCCUGUACAAGAAGGUUGCCACACAAUUAGAAAAGGAUUACGAAGGAAUGCAGCAGUUCAAUGAGAAUGGAAUGUUGAACAUACAUACAGCAGUGGUAAACAACCAGCUGCAUGAAGUGCAAAGACUAUUGCUGGUAUUACAAGCUUCAAAAACAGACAUUGACGUGUUAACAGCAAAUGGAAUGACAUCUUUGGAACUAGCAAUUCAAUCAGAUGCAUCUGAAAGCAUAUUGAAGGUGUUACUAGAAGCAGGAGCAAAACCACUGUUCCCAGAGCUCUUACAUGAAUCUGCUGUAAUUUUAGCUAGCAAACUAUCAUCCCCAUUCUUAUCAAUUCUUUUAAAUUAUGUGACAAACAGUAAGCUACUUGACCAAGUGGAUUCAUUUGGAUUUGCUCCUUUGCAUUACUGUACAUUAAAAUGCAAUACGAAUGGUGUGAAAGCUUUAAUAAAGGCUGGUGCAGAUGUAAAUCUCAGGGAUAAUCGUUCAGGGAGAACGCCACUCUUUCAUGCCCUUGAAAAUAAUUACACAGAAAUUGCACAAAUAUUAUUACAAAAUGAUGCUAUUGCAAAUUUAUUGAAUUAUUCUGGUCAGUCUGUUCUGAGCCUAGUGGACAUGACAAAAAAUCUUUCAUUGAAAACACUAAAACAAAUAAUGUCUUAG